AUGGAACAAGAAAGAAAUCGUUUUACGGACAUCUAUGAUCAAUACGAUGAUGAUAUCGACGAUCAGCUAGAUACUAAUAUUGAUUUUGAUAAUCUUUAUUUGGAUUUCAAUCAAGAUGAUAAUGGUAUUUUUCCCUAUUGGAUUUUGAUUCCAGAGGACAUAGACGAUGAUAACAACGAAGAACACGAGCUACACGAAUCUCAACAGCAGGCAAGGAAACAAUCGGCGGAAACCAAUACAAAUUCUUUAAUUAGAAAUAAUCCAUUCUCGACAGACGAUAAAUCGAAUAUCAUACAAAUGAGUACCGUACCGACGAUAGCAGCAGCAGCACCAGCAGCGGCGGCAGAGAAACGAUCGUCAGAGUCAACUAAAUUGGCCAAAAAAACAAAAAUGACGAUACCAACAGAUACUGUUAACUAUGCUGAAGAACACAUGUCGGCCUAUCAUCCACCGCUACAUGUGCCAGAAUAUCUUUCGGAUAUGAAUCCUGCGUUUGACACAUUACUCAAUUCUAUCCUAGACAAAAUUAAUCAUAACAACAAAAAUAACAAUGUUGAACAGAUUCAUAAUAAGAAUGCAUUGACGAAAGACGAAUUGAAAUUAAUGGCUCUUCUUUUCCAUCAUUAUAAAGAAACAUAUUUACAGGUUCGACUUUGGGCAACUUAUCUAUUGUCAGGUAUUGGUCGACUCACUCAUGCAACGGUCACAUCAACUACAUCUGCAUUACAAUUGUGGCCGAACGAAGUUCGUAUGCGUAUGAUUGAAGAAAAAGAAACAUCUAUGAACGAUCCGAGUCAAAUUGAUCAUCAGUCGUGUCACAAGUAUGCUAGGAAGAUUGUUAGAAACUAUCGAGAACAAGCGAACAUCUACGAAACACAAUGGAAUAACAAACGUAGUUAUUUUCGAUCCGUUUGGACAUGUGACAUCGACGACAUGCUUAGUGAAUUCGUACAACACUAUGGUAUUACAUUAUUACAAGUGACCAUUGAUGCAAAAAUUAUUCGUACUAAACAUCAAUUUAUUGAUAAUCUCAUAAAACUCGAUUUUGAAAAACAAAAUCCAACUACAGAACAAUUCGAAUUAUUUCGUCGAUUAACACAAAUGAAAACUAGCAAAGACUUGAGUCGCUUACAUUUAGCCGUACUAAAACAACGCCUCUUCUAUCAUCGUUUUCCAAGUUCAUAUUCAUCGGCAUUUAGCAUACCAUCUUCGAUGAACUUAGACUCAAUUGACGAUCGUUAUGUUCGCCAACAAUUAACUCGUCAAUGUGAGCAAAUUUUACAACGAGCCCAAUCUGAAAUGGUAUUAAUCAAUAUGAGAAUACUUGAAAUGAAAUUGACUCAUGAUCAAAAAAUCUAUGAUCAACAUAUAUAUGGAUUGAAAGAAAAUUCGCAACAACAACAACAACAACAACAACAGCAAGGACUAGGACAAGAACAAGGACAACACGAUCCAAACAAAUUAACACCAACAAUGAUUAUUAUUCUAAAACAUCGAUUCAAACAAUUGGAUGACUAUUUUGCGCAACUUUAUAAAUUACAAGUGAAUUUUUUCGUCAAAGCUCCGACAGCGAAGAGUUCGAUGUGA